GCACAGUGCCAUCAUCACUUCCUGUGUAAGCCUCACAGUUUCCAUGACAGCAUGGAGAAACGGCGCACACAUAAAAUGUGCGCUUCACUGUUUUUCUCUAUUUGACCUGAAAAUAUUGAGUGUGAGCAGGAUGACUGCAGCUUGGUGCAUGAUGGCGUGGAGGCUGUUAGCAGUGCUGAGCGUGCCACUGCACGGAGCUAUAAAGGUGAUCCAGCCCCGUAAGGUGCUGAGCAUCAAUGGCACAGCAGAGAUCCAGUGCUUCAUCCAACCGUAUUCCUUUGACUACCAGAGUCCCAGCUUCAUUUCCGGCCCUGAGGUGUUCCGUGUCACCCUGCUGAGAGGACUCCAAGGCACAGAGGAGCUCUGUUCCUGUGCACACAACUCCACAAAGGGGAGAGACAGACUUGUUGAAAGUGAAGAGGUGCAGUGCUAUGCUCAAGGGAAAGGGGGAACUGUGGAGGUGGUAGUGCAUGGACUAAGGUCUACAGACACAGAUAUAUACCGCUGUAAGCUUGAGGUGUACUACCCACCUCCAUACCUGCACAUUACAGGCAACGGCACAGUAAUUCAUGUGUUGGACUGUCCUGAGCCAGAACCUCAGACACUUCACAUACACCAGAGUGAUGAAGCUGAUGAUGGGGAUGAUAAUGAUGUGAUAGUGGAACCAUCCAGUGUUCCUGUGGUCAUUCUGGUUGUACUGGUGAUAUUUGCCCUAGCUGUCAUUCUUUACAUCCAGUGUGGACACCGCAGCAGAUCCUCUGUCACAGUAACUCCUGACAUGUGGCACAAAGUGGAUGCAGUGAGGCUGUCAUGUGGGAAAACAGUUUGAAAAAAAAUGCAAAUGUGUGACAGGUCGUCACAUCCA